UUUACAUUACAUUUUUAUUUUUCCACCAUCACAAACCAACACUAAGGCUGCAGUUAUGAAACCUUAGAUAUAACUAUGCGGUCUGGCUGUGUGCACGGACAGAUAUCUGUGAUGUCACAGACUCCCUGUUCUAUCUGUGCUGAGCUAAGCAACUGAUUUCAGCGACUUGUGUACUGCUUAGCGUUUCUAGCGCCCAGUGAUUGAGGAAACAGGUGGUUUGGAGUUUUGUGAAGUGCUCCCCAAACUUGUGACCUGCUGCAAUGCCUUGGAGGAAGAGGUACUGGCAGGGUAAAGAGACCAGCCAAUGGAAAAGAAAGAGACUUUCUCCAGGCUGGGACUGCGGUGAUCAAUGCCAUCCUACAUCUUCAUGGGAACCACCAGCAAAUGAUACAAUGCCUGACUGGGAACAGCCAGAAAGAUCUCUCUCCAAGAGCCAUAAAAGAAAGCUGGACUGGGAGAAUCUGCACAAGUCAUUCCAAAGCGAGACUUAUUCUACAACAUCACCUGUGGCCAAGAAGCCAAGAUCUGAAAGGAAUCUUUCUCCAGGCUGGGACCACGGUGAUCAAUGCCCUUCUACACCUUUAUGGAAACCACCAGCAAAUUAUGCAACGCCGAACCAGGAACAGCCAGAAAGAUCUCUCUCCAAGAGCCUUAAAAGAAAGCUGGACUGGGAGAAGCCGCACAAGUCAUUCCAAAGCGAGUGUUAUUCUACAACAUCACCUGUGGCUAAGAAGCCAAGAUCUGAAAGGGAUCAUCAACAUGGUGACUAUUGCAGACCUCGCUCCAGAUCUGAAAGCAGUCAUCAAAAUGCUGAGGACAGCCAGACUACUAAAGACGAUGAGGAAGGACACAUGGUGUGCCGCAUUGGGUACCGCAUCUUGGACAGAUAUGAAAUUGUGAGAAUUCUAGGACAAGGAACUUUCGGUAGAGUGGUGGAAUGCUUGGACCAUCACAGAGGUGGCACCAAAGUUGCUGUAAAGAUCAUCCGGAAUACAGGACUGUUCAGGGAGACUGCCCAGCUGGAGAUUAACGUCCUAAAGAAAAUUCAAGAACAAGACAGAGAACAUAAGAGCAGGUGUGUAAUGAUGUGGGAUUCCUUUGAGUACCAUGGACAUGCAUGCAUUGUUUUUGAGCUGCUUGGGAAGAGCACUUAUGAUUUCCUAAAGGAGAACAAUCACCUGCCGUACCCACUCCAGCAGAUUCGGCACAUGGCCUUCCAGCUGUUUCAUGGAAUAAAGUUUCUACAUGACAACAAACUGACACACACUGAUUUAAAACCUGAAAAUAUUCUCUUUGUGAAUUCGGAUUUUGACAUUUCCUAUAGUGAAGAAGAGAAGUGUGAGGUAAAACGUGUAAAGAAUCCAAUCAUCUGUGUGGCAGAUUUUGGCAAUGCUACGUUUGACCAUCAAUUUCAUUGCACAAUUGUAGCCACUCGUUACUACCGCCCCCCAGAGGUUAUUUUGGAGCUGGGCUGGGCGCAGCCUUGUGAUGUGUGGAGCUUGGGAUGCAUCCUGUUCGAGUAUUACACUGGCUACGUUCUCUUCCAGGCAAAUAACAAUCGAGAACACUUAGUUAUGAUGGAGAAAGUUCUUGGACAGAUCCCUCACUGCAUGGUAUACAAAACCAAGAAAGAAAAAUACUUCCGAAAUGGAUCAUUGAUCUGGGAUGAGACCACCGAAGAUGGUCAAUAUAUCAAGAACUACUGUCAUCCUUUAGGGACCUACAAGAAAGAAGAUUCCUCUGAGCAUGCUGAAUUUUUUGACCUGCUCCAACGUAUGCUUGAGUAUAGUCCCGCUCUGAGGAUCACAAUGGAUGAAGCCCUCAGACACCCUUUCUUCAGCAGACUGACACCAGAAGAAAGGAAGCUAGGAGGUAGUACAUCCAGCCCAUAAAGAUGGUGACAUUCUAAUCCUAAGUCACCUCCUAUCCUUCAGAGCUUUACAUUUUGCCAAUAUAAAACUAUAAUAAAAAUAUUAUAA